CUUUAUUCUAAUUCAUUGUCUCCCAAUCUAGACAUAUACAUCCCUACCUGUAGAUUUCCUCCACUUGAUUGUGGCACAUUUCACCACCUAUCUGAUACAUCGAUGAAGGUAGGGCUUUCACAUGUAAUCAUGAGUCACCAUGGAGUCAGUUCUGUAUCACAAAGUCAGACUACCAAAGGAAUCACAGAGUCAUACUGUACAUCCCUAUCCCCAGUACAUGAUUUUUUGGGUUGUGAAUCAGAAGGCAGGAGUUCAGUGGCCCGUGAAUGUUCAUCAGCACGCCUCUCACCUUUCAUACGGACAGAAUCUUUUAGCUCUCCUACUAAUGUGCGAGAAUCUAGUCUUCAACAUUCCAAGAGCACAUUUUCACGUUCUUCUGUUUUUUGUACAAGUUUGUAUCAGUCAUCUUCAUCGAGUUCUGAACGGCAGCUUGGAAAUCUGCCAUUUCUUCCCCACCCUCCAACAUACAGCCGGUCCAUUUCUGCUGUUGAUUCAAAAUAUCCAAUGCUUUUAAGUGCGGAUAUGAGCGAUCAAUAUGAUGAUGAACAAUCAGAGUAUCUCAUGAAAGACUUUCUUAAUUUGGCUGGAGAUGCUUCUGAUGGUAGCUUCCAUGGAGUUGGCUCUGGAAGUGACACUGUAGCACUUACAGAUCAAUUGGAGUUUCAGUUUUUGUCAGAUCAACUUGACAUGGCUAUCACAGACAAUGGAGAAAAUCCCCGGCUUGAUGAAAUAUAUGAAAUUCCUCAAGCCUCAUCGAAACCAGCCAUAGAAUUAACAUGUGGUAAGAGUUGUGGCUCGACAGCACCACCUGUUGAUGCUCUUUCAAGUCACCCCUCUCCUGGGCCUUCAUCUGCACAUAGACCAAGAAUGCGAUGGACGCCUGAGCUCCAUGAGCGUUUUGUAGAGGCUGUAAAGAAGCUUGAUGGGGCUGAAAAGGCUACUCCAAAAGGCGUUUUAAAGGUUAUGAAUGUUGAGGGCUUAACCAUCUAUCAUGUGAAAAGCCACUUACAGAAGUACCGACUUGCCAAGUAUAUGCCCGAGAAAAAGGAAGAUAAGAAGGCCUCUAGCUCUGAAGAAAAGAAAGCAGCUGCAAGCGGAAUGGAAAGCGAUGGACGAAGAAAAGGGAGCUUCCAUAUCACUGAGGCUCUCCGCAUGCAAAUGGAAGUUCAGAAACAACUGCAUGAGCAGCUUGAGGUUCAAAGGUCUCUUCAGCUACGCAUAGAGGAGCAUGCAAAGUACUUGGAGAAGAUCUUGGAGGAACAACAGAAAGCCGGUAGUGCGUUACUUUCUCCACAAGCCUUGUCGUCACUGACUACUAAUUCCAUUAAAGACCCUGAACAGCAUCCUUCCCCAUCAGCUGGUGUAUCACCUUCACAACCAGCUGAGUCUGACUCAUUAUCACCUCUGUCACUGAAGCACAAAGCUGCUGACUCUAGUGACUCUGAGGCACAAGCAUGCACUAAAAAGCUUCGCAUUGAAGAAAAACCAGAUGAGCCUGUAGUUGAAAAUCUCUCGGCAACAGUAACUACUACUACUACUUCCCAAUAGCUGCACUAAAAUUCAUUAUUUGUAGUGUAAUGUAUAGAACUUUCGGGCUUUUGUAAGUAAAGUUGUAACAAGACGUGCUGCUUUGUAUCUUUUAACAGUUGGUAGUUCAA